CCACGACACAGAGUCUCCGUCCUUCCUCCUUGAUACACCAAGUCCUUCGCUGUAUGGGACCCGAACAAAAAAAUAUUAACCAACAAAACACUCGACGACGACGACGACGACAACGCCGCCGGAGACAGGUCAUCACCUGGGUCCAAAUCAAAGGACGCAACUACAUUCGUUUUCUCAGUGGGCGGCUGGCUGCUGGAUCGGAACACGCUGCAUUGGAAUUUGGGUCACGAAUCAAAACAUCAUUGGCGACUGUGGAAUUUGAAAGGGCUGCAGAGCUUUUGCGGCCGACACGAGGAGACGGAACCUUUGAAGCCGAACCGGCCAUUUUUAACGACCGACGUCUAUACGAUACGAUCAGAAACACAUUUCCGAUCAAUACCCUCCGACAUUCUUGGUGCUUCCGAGUUGAGUCACAUGUCUUCGAAAAAGGGUUCAAUUGAAUCAUCUCUACCAACGCCUCGCUCUACACUCGUACUCGUACCUCAACAAGCGCCAACUUUUCAGGUGAAAUCAGGGUUGGGCCACACUUGAUCGCUUUUGGCGGAGCUUCUCGCUCUCGCUCCCUUGGCCGCGUCUUGAAGACGCGGACUCGCAAUAACGAAACUUCCUCCAUCUCUACGACUCGGAUCAACGAACCUAUUGACUCGCUGCCAUGUUACGGCCGGCUACGCCUCUGGCGGUUCUGCUCGCCGCGGCAUUUGGCCUGUUGUUGAUUUCGGUCUUGUCGACACCCAUCAUCAAAGCCAUCCCGCUUGGCGAGUACGUCGGCGUGACGUUUGGUGUUUUUGGGUAUUGCAUCAACAACAAUGCGAGAUGUAGCCCCAUAGAGAUUGGCUACGACGAAGGCCUGGCCGCCGCGCUGGCCGACAAGAACGCCAACUUCGACCUCCCGAGCCAGGCGAGACGCACGCUUUCUACCAUUCUGAUCAUCCAUCCCGUCGCCGCACUCGUUACCCUGAUCAUGUUUGCCAUGUCGAUUGCCGCGCACUUCCAUUCGCCAUCGCACUCGGCGAGAUACCUUCUCAUCGUCUUCAUCGUUGGCCUACUCAACUUUGUCAUUUGCCUGCUUGCCUUCUUGGUCGACGUUUUGCUCUUCGUUCCCCACAUGGCUUGGGGUUCAUAUCUGGUUCUGGCGGCGACAAUCUUGGUUGCGCUCAGUGGACUAGUUGCUUGUGCGAUGCGGAGGACGCUGGUUUCAAGAAAAGCUAGGAAAAAGCGGAUCGAAGAGAACGCCGAGAUGAGCGGCGAGAACUUUUACAACCGUCAAGCGCAGCAAGUCACGCCUCCAGCGGAGAACAAACCGACUGUUCCCGUUGUCAGUGGUGCUAACGGCGCGGUCGGCGACAAAUUGCCUAGCUUUGCGACUUACGAGAAGCGGGACGAUCUGAGCAGCGAAGAUAGGGUUCCUUUGACGGCAAACAGCCCGGCCAACCGCUCCCCCAAUGCGCAGUACAAUGACCCGAACCGACCAGAUGGGCAGUUCAACCAGCCUCGCAGGGCACCUUCGGGCAGGGAUCAGUACGGAAACCCGAUGGAAGGACCAACAGAUUCGUAUGGUGUGCAAAGGGCUCCAUCAGCGGAGCGCAUGAACCCUGGUGCUCGAGGUGGUUACAGAGGCCGCGGUUACGGUCCACCAGGGAGAGGAGGUUACGGGUAUGGCCCGCCACCCGGCAGCCGAGGAGGCUAUGGGCCCCCAGGCCGUGGUGGAUAUGGACCUGGGCCGAAUGGCAGGGGAGGGUAUGGACCGCCUCCAAGAGGUGGUUAUGGUCCACCAAUGAGGGGCCGCGCGCCACCACCUGGCUACCAAUAUGACAGGAGAGGCUCCCCGGCGGAGGCGUACGGCCCGCCGCCAGGACAGGGACCAUAUGGGCAGAGGCAACAAUCCCCAGGGCCUCCUUCAGCGCCUGGUUACGGUAUGAAUGGUUCAACGCCAACAGUCUCGUCCGCCGCGUACGGCCACCAACACACACCUUCAGAUGAUCUACCGAGAGCGGAAUCGCCUCCUCCGUUGCCUGGAACAGAACCUAUGCCGCCAGUAGGGCAGGCGGUCGCGAUGGACGCCAAGACAGGUAGUCCACAGGUGCCUCAAAAUGGCUUCACAGCAAUGCCGCCGCCAAACCGCUUCGGAGGUGGUCAGCAGUUCCGAGACAGCGAUGCCGACAUACAGGGGAUGGUAGGGCUCCAGCAGGGUAUCACGCCUGCAGGUCAACAACCUCCGUCCCAGCGACAUCAAACUCUCAUGAGCGAGCCGAGCCACUAUAGCCAGGAAGGACCCCAAUACGUACCUGCCCGACAGAAUUGGAAUGACCAACGCAGCAAAACCCCUGGCGCAGAGAGCGUAAUACACCCAAGCAUGAUGCCACAGCCACUCAACGCAUCAAGGACCGACCUCUCUAUAUCGAGGAAUUCACCGGGACCUGGGGGUGCUCCGGCAAGGUCACGCACGUCGGAAUACUACGAGGACGUAGCUCCGAGGUUUGCUACUCCUGAUCCCUCAUUACGUGGGACUCCAGUUCCGGGACAAGCUGGUGGGAGGAUACCACCGCCCAUAAACCUACCUGCAGGUGGGCCAGAUUUUGACGAGAUGCCGGAUGGCUCUCGCAGUCCAGCCGCCUCGGAGAGGUCAACUUUUACUAGCAUCUCCCAGCGUGGCAUCAACCCGAGGUGGAACCCACCGCCACCGUCUAUGAUGCCUGGUUACGGACCAGCGCCACAAAGGCGACCAAACCGCAACGAUAUGCUGCUGAACAGCAACCCAGAUUUUGAGCUGCCUACCAAUCGAGGAGGUAGGGGCGGUAGCCCGCCUAGGGCACCAGGGACAUCGAUGAUCCCGGGUAGCGCUUAUCCCAACGGUCGAUUGUAGGAAACCAGCAGCCGUUGGUUACUGUGCUGAUCCAGAUUCGCCAUAAACCCAUACUAUCCUUCCCCGUACGACUCCAGUUCCUAUAUCUUUUAUUCAAACAUUCGAUUCGUCAUUUCUCCCCAGCCCCAAGCUACCUUGCUUCGAGCCAAACACAUCAUCAUAUAGAGGUCGGUUUCUUUUCUUUUACGCCUUUUGCGCACAGCCGUACCCCUUUCGAUAUUGGUGGACGGCAGUUUGCAUACACCCGAAAGAGCUGGGAUAUUCAAAAUUUCACAACCAAAAUUCGAUUUAUAUUUUGCUUUCCCGUCCAUACUCAUAUAUUUAUAACUUUUGGGCUCUCAUACAAUGGAGUUUACUCUUUUUCUUUGUUCAUUCAGGGAUAUCUGUGUUUUGCCUUUUCUUUUUUCUGCUUUCCUUUCUCAUUUCCUUUCUUUUUUUCGCAAUUCAGUAUAUAGGUGGACUUAUUUGUCCUGUUGGAUACUCGAUAGAGAGUUACCAAGGCGCGGGAGGCUGUUUUUGGAAACAGGGACUCGUUGAGGGCGAGCAUGAUUGGGGAGCUCGAGUGGAAAGAAGAGGGUGGGAGGAAUGGGCCAGACUCGGUUAUUUAACCGGGCCUUUAAUGUCUGCUUGGCCACAAGGAGUCUGGUUGAUCUAAUACGUUGGGCCUGCCGUUGGAAGAUAGGAGACAGAGAUAGGGAGCUCGUGUCUGAGUUGGCCGAUAGUCCUGUAUGGCUCAAGAUGUGUUGUCUGAAGAAUUCCAAGACAAUGAAAGGAGACAUGGAAACCGGCAGCCAUUUGGCUAGGUAGUAGCUUGAGGAGACGAGAUGAAAAGAAACAAGAAAUAAAUUAAACAAUAAUCGUCGCCAA